AUGGGGUCAUUGCAUUCUUUUGAUGUCUACGCCCGCACCUUUGUCCCGGACGACCUUCGCUCAGUCAACCUCCAGCCCGCUGUCGUGCUUGGAACUGGCCAAAGUUAUGCCGUCGACUACGAAGCCUACGCCGCCAGCUUCAUACCGCCUCUGUUUCUACACCACCGCCCUGUCGCUGAUGACCUAUUACAGAGCCGCGCUACGGAUGCGCACCUUAUCUACCUGUAUCGGUGCCUUAAGGACGAAAUGUUGGCUCUUCAUACGGAAAUUGCGAGCCGUUCUCUGUACAAAGUUACCGUGGCCAUAUUUGAUCACCAAGAUGGAUCUAAGCGUGGCCUACUACACAUACCAGGGCUUCGCGAGAACAGCCCUCCAAUCGAACUCGAGGACGUUGUGUCACUGCGGCAACUCAAUGUGAACAAGCCCAGCUGGCAAAUCGGCUUCACAGGGGUUCAAUUCGAUGCCCGUGUACACUCAAUUGACAGAGGCAAAGAGACUGUUGUGCUUCGAAUCAACCACUGUGGAUAUUUGAUGCCUUUCAGCUCGGAUUUCAACGUAUCUUUCAACUUGUCAUUCGAGCGAAUUGAGGCUCAAGGACUCUCGCUCGCACUGAUUCAAGAUUUGCUUAAUCAAACGACAUCAACAUCAACUAAUGGAAGCUUAACGCAGUCAUGCAAGCACACCGAUGAUCUUGAGAAGCUCAAAUGCACAGAAUGCAUUGAUUCGGGUCCACACGAGUCGGAACCAAACGCUUGGAUGCGUCGAAUGCUGUUUCCAGAAAACGAAGAUGGAGCUUUACAGACGAAUCUCACCCAUCUGGCUGAGCGGCAGUAUUUCGAUGAUGAGCUAAAUUUUGAGCAGCAGAAAGCUGUGGACUCAGUGUGUCAGCGGAACUAUGGCGAAGUGCCUUUCUUGAUCGAUGGUCCACCUGGAACAGGCAAGACCAAGACUAUUGUCGAAUGCGUGCUGCAACUCGUUUCAAGCAAACAGCGUAUCUCGCAUAUCCUGCUCUGCGCACCAUCUGAUCCUGCAGCAGAUAGCCUCGCCGAGCGGCUCAGCCAGCAUUUGAAGUUCGGAGAAUUCAUACGGCUCAAUGCAUCGACUAGAACCUUUGCUGAGGUGCCCCAACGGCUUAUGCCGCACAGCUGGAUUGACGGUGAUCAUUUCGGGUUGCCCCCAUUUUCUCGGCUGAUGGCCUACAAAGUCGUCGUCGUUACUUGCAGGGAUGCGGCUAUGCUGGUCUCAGCAAGGCUUACGAACAGAGACUUGUUCACACUUGAGCACGGUAUCAGAACUGCGGUACACAAUGAAGUGCCGGUGGAGAUAAGACUUCACUGGGAUGCACUUCUGAUAGAUGAGGCGGCACAAGCGACGGAGCCCGAAGCCGCAAUUCCUAUCAGCGUGGUCGCACCGCCUCGCUUCAAAGAAGCUCUUUCUACUAACCCGCUCUUCGUAAUGGCAGGUGAUCAGAUGCAGCUCGGACCACGCGCGAAGACGGCAGCAUUGAGGACCAGUCUCUUCGAACGACUGUUCAAUACACCGUUAUACAAGGAUCAUCCUCUGGCCCGCAAUAAGUCGAUGGAAGGAGCGCCAGCCAAGCCACUAGACAAGACGAUGCUACCCAUCACUCGACCGCCCUUCUCGAACCUUGUGCGCAAUUACCGCUCACACCCAGCCAUUUUGGCCAUCCCCAGUGCGCUCUUCUACUACGACACCCUGGUUCCAGAAGCCAGCGGCACCGCCUCCCUUCACGCGUGGACGGGCUGGCGCGGUCGCCGCUGGCCCGUGCUGUUCAAGGCUAUGACGGCGACUGACGAGAUGGAGGGCUUAGACGACGGUGGAGGCUGGUACAACGUGGGCGAGGCGCACGAGGCCUGCGCCACGGCGCAAUCGCUCAUGCGAUCCGGUCUCAUCCAGGAUGAGCGCGACAUAUGCAUCAUGAGCCCCUUCAGCACGCAGGUGCGCCUCCUGCGCUCCAUGAUGCGCAACAAACCGUACAGCAUGCGCGGCGUCAACAUUGGGCCGACGGAGGCAUUUCAGGGUCUGGAGGCGCGCGCCGUCAUCCUCUGCACCACGCGGACGCGGACGCGCCACCUUGUCUCGGAUGCGGAGCGUGGGUGGGGCAUCGUGAACGAGCGUAAGCGGUUCAACGUCGCGUUGACCCGUGCCAAAGAGGGCCUAAUCGUCAUUGGCAAUCCGCACGUACUGGCCACGGACCCGUGCUGGGCGGCUCUUCUGAGCUUCUGUCGUCGGCACAGCCUCUGGAUCGAUUGUGCUGAGGAAGCAGCGAAAGGAGAGAGGGCUCCAGCUGCUCCUGCCGCUCCUGCCGUUGCCGGCGGUGCUUCCUCGUGGCAUUCCUUUCCUUCGCCCGGGCCGGGCCUUGAUACCGGCGCCGUUGAUUCUAGCGGGCAGUGGCUGGCUGCUGACAGCGAAGACCACAUCUCGACCCUCGAAACGGGCCUCGUGGCGAAGGAGCAGAUGGGCCGGGACAUUACUUCAGAUUACGCGCGAUUCAUGGACGCGGGGACGAACGUGGAGUUGUGGGUGUUGGGAAUGAGGGCGGCAAUGAGCAUACCCGAGGAUGAAAACGAAGGUGAUGAACAGCCGCGGAGCAGCGGGGAUGCGCGCGGCAGAGACGGCUCGCUCAGAGUGAUUCGAGGCUCAGAGGGGAUGAGAGCAGCAGUUGAUCAGAGUGAAAUGAAGCUUGGCCGCAAUUUGGCUUACUAUUGA